ACAGCAUUCCGUAAAUAAUGGAAAAUUUGCGAAUCUUGGAGUAGGCGUGGCUCAAACGACGAGGAGCUAAGGGCAGGAGCUAACUUGCGUUCUGUGAACGUAACAUAAACACAAUAAGAUUAAGAUUCGCAAUUCUGAGGCGAUGCCACUUUAAACAAAGGGGUUUUGGCGAAAUUCCACCGGGGCUCACAGUUAAAUUGGCAUUCUGUUGAUCCCGCAAAUCUUCCCUGUUUGAUUCAAGGUACAUAUACAUAACACCAUGUCGACAACUGCAGGAAUUUCGGCCUUGAAGUUCUUACAUGGCAUCGGCAGACAAAGAUCCUUUGGGCCUAGAAUCCUGACUCAAUGUAUGGGCAAAUUCUUGCACACCAAGCAGGGCGAGCACCAGACCAUGCAGCAUGUCAAAGAAAGGCUGGUGGAACAUAUGGGCGUGAGCCAGGGCUACAAGCCUCUGCAGAUGCAGCGGUCCCACCUGCUAGACAUGCUGCCGUGCAGCCAGUCCGAGCUGCCCAUCAGAGCCCCAAGUGACUCGUUUGACUCAGCAAUCAUCCCUCUCAGCAGCUCACCGAGUCUACAAGAGAAGUAUAUCACCUUCCUCGGACACGUUCGCACUGGCCGACUCAUGGAAGACAUGGAUCUCUUCGCAGUGUGGGUUGCACACAGGCACAUCCUGAAUCCCCGUCAAAAGGAAGGAAUGCCAACUCCUUAUGUGUUGGUCACGGUUCUAGUUGACCAGAUCAACUUUGAAGACAUCAUACCUAAACCGGAUUGCGACAUUCGGUUGUCAGGCCAUGUCUCCUGGGUCGGGCGCUCCUCAAUUGAGAUAACAGUUUGGCUGGAACAAGAGCAUAUUGGCACUUGGCAGCGUUUGACCCGUGCAACUUUUCUGAUGGCUGCUCGAGACCCGACAGGCCACGGCCCAGCCAUUGUCAAUGCGCUUGAGCCCGUAACGCCAGAAGAAAAGGCGCGGUACAAUUAUGGAGAAAUGAAUAAGAAGAGAAGGACUGCCGUACAGAGAGCUUCACUUUUGAAAACAGGGCCAUCAGCUGAGGAACAGGCCAUUAUCCAUGAGCUUUUUUUGCAGACUGUUGACCCCAAGGACACAACGUUCCAUCGAAGAAUCGUCCCAAUGCAUGCGAUGUGGAUGGAAGAAGCCACUUUGACCAACAUCGUCUUCUGUCACCCUGAGGACAGAAAUCUGCACAACAAAGUUUUCGGCGGCUUCUUGAUGCGUCAAGCGCUUGAGCUGUCAUGGGCUGCUGGCUACCUGUACAGCAAGUUCAGGCCUAAGCUUUGCCACAUCAGCGACAUCGGCUUUCACAAACCUGUGGAUGUCGGAUCCCUGCUGCGGUUGAAAGCCUUUGUCAACUACACGGAAUCAAAUUAUUUGCAGAUUGUGUGUCACGCAGAGGUGUUUGACCCUCGCACUGGUCAGCACAACACUACCAACCAGUUUCAUUACACGUACGAGACGCCGGAUCAAGUUCCAAAACUCUAUCCAAAAACUUAUGAUGAGGCCAUGAUGUAUCUUGAUGGAAGACGGCAUUUCCAGCAUGUGAUGGGCCUUUCUGGCAAAUAAUUAUUGUUAGAAGAAGAGCUUUAAAUGUCAUACUUGCGAUGUUCAUAAUCAAAGUGGUGGUAUUUUUCUGUUGGUAUGCACUGCUUGCGCUCUGAAAAUUGCAACAAUACUGUUUUUGUAUUGAAAGUAUGGAAAUGGAAAGAAUGAACUGUCAUAUAUUGUUAUUUGACUCACGCACUUAAACAGAAUUAGCCCUUGAUGUGUUAAAUAUGUAUUCUAUUCAAUGUGACUAACCAAGACUAAUUGUACUCUUCGUCUCAUUUGAGCUGAGCUCUCUUCAAUGUUAUUUAUUUUUUGAUAUGUAAUAAGAGCUGUGAAAAUAACUUAUUAAUUAUAAAAUCUUGUUGAUAAUAACAGGUAAAUAUAAAUUUAUUAAACUGAAACAAUAAAAUUUAUGUUCAAAGCA